AUGAACCAAUAUCUCCACGUCCUACAGUCUCCUGCCCACACCCAUCGCGAUGGACAGCAACCCGCCGUGAAGCAGGCGUGCUCCUCCGGCGCAUUGCCCGCGCACCGUCUCUCCAAGCUCAUAAGGGGAGCCAACGGGUAUCUUUGUCCAGCCCAAGAUGAAAAGACCAGCCCCGAGUCGGAUGAGACCCGUAAAACCGAGGAGCGCAAACAUAUCCUGGCCUUGCGCAUGAAGAACGCCACUUCAGCGUCGCAAUGGACCUCGGCAGCUCAGGAACUCGACCUCCUUGAGGGGAACCACAAAUGGAAAGCAGAGGAGAAUGGCGUCGACGGCAAUUACCGACCCGACGUCGUGCGCGAGCGCAUCCGCGAACUCGACGACGCCCGUACCGCCUGCGAUAUCCGCCGGAUGCUCCAUCUCGUGAGGACUGCCCUGUCGCGUGAGCUCGGUGGCCUCGGCAACAUCGACUUAUACAAGCAUUCAUACAUGGGAACGAAAGAUCUUAUCGAGCAAUACGUGCAGUCUGCAGUAAAGACCAUCGAGGAUCUUGUAGAGAAGAGCGGUUAUCCCGGCGCGUUACCCGACGACCUGGACCACAAUGACAUCCUCGAAGCCCUGGUGCAGACCCGACAAAGCUAUGGCAGGUCAGCCCUGCUGCUGAGUGGGGGAGGUACCUUUGGAAUGAUGCAUGCCGGUGUUCUGAAGGCCAUAUUCGAGACCGAUCUCCUUCCCCGCAUCAUCUCUGGCGCCUCUGCUGGCUCCAUUGUUUGCGCCGUCUUCUGCACCAGGACGAGGGACGAGGUGCCUGAGGUCAUCAGACAAUUUCCCUAUGGCGACCUUGCUGUGUUUGAAGAAGAGGGCAAGGAGGAGACGGUACUUGACCAUGUCAAGAGGCUGCUCACCGAGGGCUCGUGGUCGGACAUCAAGCACUUGAAGCGGGUGAUGCGAGGCCUACUCGGCGAUAUCACGUUCCAGGAAGCAUACAACCGGACCAGGAAGAUCUGCAACAUCUCGGUUUCCACUGAGUCAAUCUACGAACUUCCGCGACUCUUGAACUACAUCACUGCGCCCAAUGUUAUGAUCUGGUCAGCGGUGGCCGCUUCAUGCUCGGUGCCCUUCAUCUUCAGCGGUGCCACGCUUCUUGUCAAGGAUCCGCAGACUGGCGAGCAUAUGCCGUGGAACCCGAGCCCUCAGCGAUGGGUCGAUGGCUCUGUGGAUAACGACUUGCCAAUGACGAGGCUAGCAGAGAUGUUCAACGUCAACCACUUUAUCGUGUCACAAGUCAACCCACAUGUCGUCCCUUUCCUCGCCAAAGACGACAGGCUAUAUUCAGAGCACGACGAUUCUCGGCCGGAACUAUUUGGGACGUCCCAUACCUCGACCCUGGCUACCACGCUCACGACAUUAGCCAAAGACGAAGUCCUACACAGGCUGCACUUCCUGGCCGAGCUAGGGAUCUUCCCCACCGCUGUCACCAAGCUCAGGAGUGUCCUGAGCCAGAAAUAUUCUGGCGAUAUCACAAUUCUGCCUGAAUUCAGUGUCCAGGAUCUCCCACGCAUCCUCAAGAACCCCUCAGUCGACUUCAUGGAACGAGCUACCCUGGCGGGUGAGCGGGCCACGUGGCCGAAACUCAGCCGGAUAAGGGAUCGCUGCACAGUGGAACUGGCCAUCGAUCGAUCAAUCCAGGUCGUCAGGACGCGGUGUAUCUUCAGCCAGAGCCAGGUCAACCUGCGCAGACUUGUCACUGGGGUGGAGAGACUGGGGCUUAAGACGUCUUUUGCUCAUGGCCUGCACAAAGCUGUCUCGACCGGGCCGGUCACUGCUGGGCCUAACUCACAGCCAUCUCCAAUGUCAGACAAGGCCAAGCUCCGACACCAGCGCCGAGGCUCAGGAAGCAGCAUUCCCAUGCUCGCGAGACACCGCAGGCACCUUGCAGAUAUCGAGGACGCCAUCACGGACGACGACACCGCAGACGAGGAGCGCUUAGAGCUCGACAUCGGGUCACCCACAACUGGCGACCUCGACACCUCAGACCUGCACACCAGCGAUGGAGAUGUGGAGUCAACUGCAGCAGAUAGCACAUCGGACCCUGACCCAUACACUCAGGCUUGGCUUCCGGACGAGGAGGAUACGCCGCGAAAGGAGGAUCGCUCGGCCGACGUCGAGAUAACGGUUGAGCCGGCCGAUAUCUCCGACGAUGGGGUAGGAGGGUCGCCGUCGGCUGCGGCUCUCGCUGAUGACGAGGAAGACACGACCGACGGCGGAGAUGGGCUGUGGGAUUGA